CAUACAUUCAUCUUUCUUUAGUUAGUCAAUUUUUUUUCCAUCAAUCACAAUCACAAUGAAUGUUCUCUUUGAUUGUGUAAAUUUACAAAUAUUUUAUAUGUAGAAUGGAAUCAAAUUAAACCAUUAAAUUUGUUUAAUUACAACUUACUUUAUAAAAUUUUUAUUAAUUUUAACUAUUUUUUUAUUAGAGGGUGGGUUGGAAAAUGAAGAACUGAAUUAAUAUCAAACCAAUAAUUUUUUCUAAAAAGUGAUAUGUACCCUCCAACUGAUCGACACUAUAGCAAAUUCUCGAUCCAAAGCCUUAAAAAUGAAAAUUAAAUCAAAAUAAAAAACUAAUCAAAGUUAUUUCUACCCUUCACCCUCCUAGGGGGCUCUAAUAGCUCUUCAAAUGGAUCUCCAAACUCAAAAAAAGAGAUCAUUUUUAAGCCUUUAUACAUUAAAAAUACAUUUCACCAUUAAAAAACAUUCAUAUAUUUUGUCACUUAUCAUUUUCAUUAUUAUUCUUAUCAUCAAAAUAUCUAGUAUUAAAACCCUUAAUAAUUUCCAUUAUUAUAUUGGCUUUCCUAGUUCAAAAAACUAUGAAAAACUAGGUUGUGAUUACUCUAAUGGCGAAUGGAUAUGGGAUGAAAACUACCCUUUUCAUGGAUACAAUGAGAGUUGCAGGUUUCUGGAUCCGGGUUUUCGAUGCCAUGAAAAUGGACGUGUGAAUCAAAGCUUUCGACAUUGGCGAUGGCAACCUCGUGGAUGUGAUCUUCCUAGGUUCAAUGCAAGUGAUUUUUUAGAUAGAAUCAGAAAUGGAAGAAUAAUAUUUGCAGGAGAUUCAAUAGGACGAAACCAAUGGGAGUCAUUGUUAUGCAUGCUAUCAAAAGGAGUCUCAAACCAAUCUUCAAUAUAUGAAGUAAAUGGAGUUCCUAUAAGCAAGCACAAAACAUAUUUAUCAAUCCUUUUUCAAGAGUUUAACGUAAGUAUCGAGUAUUAUCGACUUCCUUUCCUUGUUGUUGUUGCUCGCCCUCCUCCGAACUCACCUACACAAGUACGUGGAGUCAUCAAGAUUGAUGAACUCCAUUGGUGGUCUCGCAAAUGGCCAGGAGCUCAUGUCUACGUCUUCAAUAAUGGUCAUUGGUGGAAUGAUGCCAAAACUAUCGCUUCGGGCCUUUACUUUGAGGAAAAGGGAGUUGUAAAUAUGACAAUGGAUUAUACAGAAGCAUUUCGGAGAUCAAUGAGGACAUUGAAAACAUGGGCAGACCAACACUUAAACCCACAAAGUAGUCGGAUUGUCCUUCGUAGCUAUUCAUCUGUUCAUUACAGGAAUGGAACGUGGGAUACGGGGGGGACUUGUAGAGAUAAUCAGGCACCUGAGACGAGCAGGAAAAGGGUGCAGGCAGAUCCGCUGCUCAACCAGUACACUCUAGAUGUGGUUAAAGAAAUGGAAGCCAAUAAAAUGAAGGUCGGUUUUCUGAAUAUUACGUAUCUGUCUGAAUUCAGAAACGAUGGCCAUCCAUCGAUCCAUCUUGAACCAACGUUUAAAAAGUCCAAUAAAAAUCCCUAUGUAGAAGUAGAAGACUGUAGUCAUUGGUGUCUUCCGGGAGUUCCUGACACGUGGAACGAGCUUCUUUACGCUUGGCUACUGGCAGAUGAUUUUAGGACCACGAGAAACUAA